GAGUCACUAUGCGCUGAUGCUCCGCCACAUGCUCGCAUCACUGUUGGCAACACAAGCCUCGCAUCAGCUCAGCAAACUCAAACCACAUCUGACCGGCACGAUGGAUGGGCAACAUAAAGACCGCAGAAUGACUCACUUGUGGAUAUUGACGUUACUGAUAUUAGUCUAACAACCUCUAGCACUGGAUAACUCGGUCUUUCCCAAACUUCAUCUUCUGGAUACGGAUUGUGGAGCUGGAUCUCGUCCUUACAGGCUUUGGAAGAAGGAUUAUAUUUAUUCUGACCACUUUAUUCAUCGUCACUCCGUUUGGAAUAGGAGCGUUUUGCGGGAGGACAAACUGAUUUUUUAAGGAUACGCACAUAAAACUCUAAAGGAUGGCCGUUUGGUUCACCUCUAUCCUUGCAAUAGUUAUAACAUUAUUUACUCAGGUUUUGGGAUCAGGUGUGUUCGAGAUCGAUCUCCAUCAUUUUCAGAAUACUAAAGGUUUGCUGGCAAAUGGACUCAGUUGCAGCAUGGCUGGCUGCAGGACUUAUUUCAAGGUUUGUUUGAAGAACUUCCAGACGGAGGUGUCCCCUGGAAAGUGUAUAUUUGGCAGAGCAGCCACACCUGUUCUGGGCACCGACUCCUUCAGCAUCCAGCAGGACGCCAGGCUGCGUCUGCCGCUCAACUUCACCUGGCCGGGUGCGUUCUCAUUAGUGAUCGAAGCCUGGUAUUCUCCUGCAGCGGAGCAGCUUGGAGAUGCCACCAGCCCCGAAUUCUUGAUUAGCUCUUUUGCCAUCCAAAGACAGUUGGGAAUUGGGCCCGAGUGGUCCCAGGAUGUGCAGGGCGGGACGCAGACGGAGCUAAGGUACUCAUACCGGUUCAUCUGCAAUGAAAAUUACUACGGGGACACUUGUUCCAAAAUAUGCGCGCCCAGAGACGACCAUUUUGGCCACUACACCUGCAAGCCUGACGGGCAAAUAGCCUGUCUGCCGGGAUGGAAGGGAGAAUACUGCCAAGAACCGAUCUGUCUGAAAGGGUGCAAUGAGAGGAACGGAAACUGCACAUUACCUGGAGAGUGCAAAUGCAGAGAAGGCUGGCAGGGACUCUUUUGUGAUGUGUGUAAACUCCAUCCGUCCUGUAAACAUGGUACCUGUACAGAGCCGUGGCAGUGCACCUGCAAGGAAGGCUGGGGAGGCAUCUUCUGUGACCAAGAUCUGAACUACUGCACCCAUCACAAGCCCUGUGCCAACGGGGCCACGUGCAUGAACACGGGCCAGGGCAGCUACACCUGCACCUGCCUGCCAGGCUUCACCGGGGUUAACUGUGACUCGGAGGUCAGGGAGUGUGACAACCAGCCCUGCCACAACGGAGGCCGCUGCCUGGACUCUGAGAACGGCUAUAGGUGUGUGUGCCCACAGGGCUUUGAAGGGCCACAAUGCGAGCACAGGAUGCUGACUUGUGCGGACACGCCGUGCUUUCACGGCGGCCAGUGCAGAGAGCGGGACAACGGGCAGAGUUACAUAUGCGAGUGUCCAGCAGGAUACACUGGACUCAACUGUGAGAGGAAAGUGGACAAAUGUACCUCGCUGCAGUGCACCAACGGUGGACACUGUGUGGUCCACGGUAACCUCAGACUCUGCAGCUGUCGCUCAGGCUUCACAGGGCCGCGCUGUGAGAUCAACAUCAACGAGUGUGCGAGGAACCCGUGUGCAAACGGCUCCACCUGCAUCGACCGCAUUAACGACUACACCUGCACCUGCCCCCCAGGGUACACCGGCCGCCACUGUGACAAGCCCACAGACCGCUGUGCCUCUCAGCCUCCCUGCCUCAACGGCGGGACCUGCACCAUCGGAGCCAAAGGCCAGCCUACCUGCAUCUGCCCCGCUCAUUACAGCGGCCCCCAGUGCCAGUUCAACAAUGAAACUUUAUCCAACACCCCCAGCCCCAGCAUAGCCAGCGACAAGCUGAACCUAGCAGCCAUCUGCUUGGGCGUAGGCCUGGUGGCUGCUCUGGUGCUCUUCUGCAUGGCGGUGGUGGUGAUACGCCACAUCAAGAAGCAGAGGAGUGAGGAGCAGGACUCAGAGACCAUGAACAACCUCUCUAAGGUUGACUUUCAGAAAGAGAACCUCAUCUCUACCGUAGAGCUCAAGAACACUAAUAAAAAGGUGGAUUUGGAGGUGGACUGUCCCAGGGAAAAGUCUAACCACAAAUACAUCAACCACUACCAGCUGGACUAUAAAACCUCUGCGGGGUACAAGGACGAACUGUCCCUCCUGGACAAAGAUGAAAACUGUGAAAAGAUAAUAGAAGAUAAAAGGCAUUUGAGUAGAAUGUACAGUGAAAGGCCAGAGUGUAGAAUAUCUACCAUAUGUUCUUCCAGAGAUUCGAUGUACCAGUCUGUCUUUGUAAUAGCAGAAGAGAAAAACGAAUGCAUCAUCGCAACGGAGGUAUAAUAAAUGGAAGACAUCAUUCGUUAUCAACAUUGGAUUUCUUGUGGACUGUUUACAAGUGUGGAGAGACUGGGAUUUAUUUAAAUGCAAGUUGCUGCUCUUGAAAACUUGAUAACUGGAUGGAGCUCGCGUGCUCUCCGAAUGCAAUAGAACUGAAGCUACUAAUCUAUGUGAGAAUGUAAAGACUUGAGGAAGAAAAGACGAGCGGGGAAACGAUGGACGCUCGAGGACGCCACGCGCCUUCCACGUUUUUCCGACUCGAACCCUUCGUCUGCUCCGUCCCAGUUCAUCCGAGGGCAACGGGGCCGAGACGUUCGCGCCUCAGAAGAAGAGGACUGUCUUCACGUGCUCCCCUCCACGUCGCCGCGGUAAUCAGCAAUCAAAUGAAUCAACUUACUGCCGACGAGAUGGUGGAAGGCCUUUUCCCAUUCCGUGCAACCUUGCAAUGCGCUAUGCAAACAAAAAUCAGCAUUGCGCUAAAUCAAAAGAAAAAAGGGGACUCAAAAAAAAACUACUGAAAACGGUUCAUUUUUGAGGGGAUAUUUAGGGUUUUGUAAAUUGAAUCCGUUUUUAUAAAGAAUGUAUGCAGCCUAGAUCACAAAGCCUUAUAUAUGUAUUUAAGAGAAACGUUGUGCCCUGCCUUACCUUGAUUCCUUUGCACAGCAACGUGGAGGUAACAAUGAAAGAUCAAAAAAAUGCAAUAUGCUAACGCGCCAUGCAGGGAAACUCAUGAUAAGGCCUUGUUUUACUUUAUGCAAGAUCACCCUUAAAUAAAGACAAAGAAAUACAUGAAGUGACUAUCGUACCAAGGACGCCUUCAAUGGAAAUUACUGAACCAAUAAUGUUGUUUUGUAAGAUUAGUAUUUCAUUAGUAAUUUAAGUAUAUGAAGCACUGAUCUUUCUCUUUCUAUGUUUUAUAAGAUUAUUUUGUAUAUACUGUAUAUUUAUAUGUUGAGAUUAGAAGUACAUCUGUUUUUAAGUUGAUGCCCCAAAAAGGUGAAUUUAUUUUUAAAGUUUUUGUUGUGUUUUAUUAUUAUUAUUUUUUGUUAUAAAAAAAAAAAAAAGAAGAAGCAAGAAAUACAUAUCUGGUACACUGUUUGUUUGUCAGUCUUCGAUGGUUGAGUGUACAUGUGGUCGAAUAGAGAUCGUUAAAUUAAACACCUAGAAACUUUUUAUUUGUGUCAGCUGGCGUGAAAGUGGCUUCGUUGUCUGUAGAUACAGUAAUAUCUGGCCCGGUAGCGUUUCUGAUGAUUCCAUGUCUGUGUCCUCGACAUCUGUGUCUCAGUGUGAUGUGAAAAUCCAUGUGCUAGCAAUCAUUCAGUGGACAGCGUUGUAAUCGGCAGCGAUGUAAGGGAAUACUCAAACAACAAAAAUAUAUAUAUUUAAAACAUCUGUAUGUGAUAAUAAAGAGUCCUUGUGGUCUUUCUAC